CAUCGAAUGGAAUACUCCAUUCCGCAGAGGAAGCAUGUUUGAACUUCCCUCCUGCGGUUGUCGCACGGAUUAAUCCAGCAUGUGACUAUGGGGCUGUGCUGCCGGGACUCACAACCCUCUCACAUGCUUCCCUCCUCAGACACAGCUAGCUGCUAGCUGCCUGUAGCUCACACUUGGGCUGGACUGGUUCUCCUCUCCAGAGACCUUUCUGUAGAGCCAGCUCACUCUUAUGUAUGGAGUAAGUUUCUCACUGAAACAUCGCUUUAAGCUGGCGCGACCCAUCACAAACACAGGGUGCUGAAGAUGGACGAAGCAUUUCUGAGAGUCAACAAUGAGCUGGGCUCUGAGGUGGUGGUGUCCUGGGUGUCAGAGCGCUGCUACCAGUGUUUGUACCAGCAGCUGGGAGUUUUACCAGCUGCAUCCAGUCCUGGAAAGCCCAGUUCGGCUGACUUUGUUGUGAGCACACAGCAUGAAAUAACACUACAGCUCAACAGCACCCCCGUCAACCUGCAGCAUUGCACGGUUCCCUUCCACUUUGGGGAGCACGGGAACUACUCUCUGUGGGUGAAAAAUUUCAACGACUCCUCAGUGGGGAAUUGUUCGGUAGUGACUGAUGCGGACCCCAUCAACAGCUACAUACCGAUAUUAGUGGCUUUUCUUAUCUUUGCUGGACUGAUCUUGAUGUCCUGCAUUGGUAGGAUAAUAUUAAGGCUUGAUGCGGUGAGGAACAUCCUCUUCCGAAUUACUGGCUCGAUGGAGACGGAGAGGCUCAUCAACUCUGAACUGGGCUCCCCUGGCAGGACAGUGCCACCAGUGACUGACACCAUUCUCCCUCCUCCACCCAACCCCAGCAAGAGGCUGCGAUCCCUGGACACAUUCAGAGGAAUUUCCUUAGUCAUCAUGGUGUUUGUGAACUAUGGAGGGGGCCGAUACUGGUUCUUCAGGCACCAAAGCUGGAAUGGUCUAACUGUUGCAGAUUUAGUCUUCCCUUGGUUUGUGUUUAUAAUGGGGACAUCCAUUGCAAUGUCAACCAACUCCCUGCUGUGCGCAGGCUCCACUCGCUGCUCACUUCUGAGGAAAACUGUGUGGAGGAGCCUGCAGCUCUUCAUCAUCGGUGUCUUCAUUAUCAACCCAAACUAUUGCCAGGGACCAUUAUCUUGGGACAACCUGCGAAUCCCAGGGGUGUUGCAGCGCCUGGCCUGGUCCUACCUGGUUGUAGCCUGCCUUGAUCUGCUGGUGGCAAAGGGUCACCUCGACAUCCUCACGACGAGUGCUUGGUGGUCCCCCUUCCGUGACAUCUUGCUGUACUGGCCUGCCUGGCUGUGUGUGAUCCUCUUAGAAAUCCUCUGGUUGUUCCUCACUUUCCAACUCCCGGUUCCAGAUUGUCCAGCAGGCUAUCUGGGCCCAGGUGGGAUUGGGGACAUGGGCCUUUACAUGAAUUGCACUGGUGGAGCGGCUGGUUUCAUUGACCGUUGGCUGCUGGGAGAGAACCACAUCUACCAGACUCCGUCGUCACGGGUGAUUUAUGCAACUUGCAUGCCCUUCGAUCCAGAAGGUGUCCUCGGCAGCAUCAACUCUGUCCUCAUGGCUUUUCUUGGUUUACAGGCAGGGAAAAUUAUCUUACACUACAGAGAUGUCCACACAAGUAUAAUGUCAAGGUUUCUAUUAUGGGGUCUCUUUUUGGGAGCCAUAUCAGCAGUUCUGACCAAGUGUUCCACAGACCAGGGCUUCAUUCCUGUCAACAAGAACCUAUGGUCUCUGUCCUAUGUGACAACACUGGCCUGUUUUGCCUUUGUGCUGCUAGUGCUGCUCUACUUCAUAGUGGACGUACAGAGGUGGUGGUCUGGAGCACCUUUCUACUACCCAGGUAUGAACUCCAUCCUGGUGUAUGUGGGUCAUGAGGUGUUGGAGGACUACUUCCCCUUCCGCUGGCGUAUGGCAGACAGCCAAUCCCACGCUGAGCACCUCAUCCAAAACCUUGUGGCUACUUCCUGUUGGGUGCUCAUCGCCUAUGUGCUGUACAGGAAGAGGAUUUUUUGGAAGAUAUAGAGGGACCCCUGAAUAAUGAUUCCUUCGAGUAGCAGAGGACAUUGAUGACAUCAGAAUUGCUGGAGUCCUAAUCUGAAAACCUUUGGAGCACAGAUAACCGGGGACUAAAGAUUAAUUUCGGCAAAACGAUGCUGUUUCUCUGUCUCUGAACAUAUAUGGGGUUCUUCGUUCAAACUCCUUAGACACAAUUUUUUACGACCAUUAAUGUUUAACAGCUUUUCUCCCCCCAAAGAUCUUCAGAUAUGAAGCGGCUCAUAUCUCCACUGACUCAGGAAGAACUUGUCCAAGAAUAGUUAGAGAAUUGGAACACUGACAUUGUUAAUCCACUUUUUGACUUUGUGUUAUUAAUUCAGGGUUUCAUUCCUCACCCUGUGACACACACUGUGUUAAACAAGCGCCUUGUUAACUUCCCUUUCUUCUGCUGCCACCAUAAUUACAGCAUUUCUCUGAAAGCUGAAGUUUUUUUGGUGAGGUUUUGUGAUCAUUUUCCACUAAACGAGGUGGAAGUGAUAUUUAAACAAAAGUGAAACAGUGUGUCAAGAUUUUGAAGUAAGAAAGUUUUGCCAAAUUUAAUUAUUCAUUAUUGUAGGGUAGACAGCUCCUCUCAAUCCUCAACUCCUCUCAAUCCUCAGCUCCUCUCACUACUCAGAUCCUCUCAAUCCUCAGCUCCUCUCACUACUCAUAUCCUCUCAAUCCUCAACUCCUCUCAAUCUUAAACUCCUCUCAAUCCUAAACUCCUCUCAAUCCUAAACUCCUCUCAAUCCUCAGCUCCUCUCAAUCCUCGGCUCCUCUCACUACUCAGAUCCUCUCAAUCCUCAGCUCCUCUCAAUCCUAAACUCCUCUCAAUCCUCAGCUCCUGUCAAUCUUAAACUUCUCUCACUACUCAGAUCCUCUCAAUCCUCAGCUCCUCUCAAUCCUAAACUCCUCUCAAUCCUCAGCUCCUGUCAAUCUUAAACUUCUCUCAAUCCUCAGCUCCUCUCAAUCCUCAGCUCCUCUCACUACUCAGCUCCUCUCAAGCCUCAGCUCCUCUCAAUCCUCAGCUCCUUUGCUAAUCAAGGAUCCAAUGUUGUGAUAUGAGAUGCUGUAUUUUACCAAGUACUGAGGGGAAGUGAAGGAGGCCACAUCCGCUGACUGUUGAAACCCAUUGAGGUUUGCUGGUUUUGCAUUUAGAUAAAAUGCAUGUUUGUCAUCAAUAGGUUUACAAAAACAGAAGUCACUGAAUUUCCCUUUUUAUUUUAUUACAAAUGCUCAAUUUGACUUUUGCCUUUCCAGAAAUGAUUUGUAGUUCUUAAAUGAGUCAUGAAUUUCCAUAAAGAAAGUUUGACUUUUUUUGUUUUUCAUAUUGUAAUUAACAAGAUUAUAGAUAUUGUUUAAAUAACGUUAUUCAGUUCAGUGGUAAUGCAAACUACAGCAGGCACCAUACAGUUGAAUAAAUACCAGAAGAGUUUGAUCACAUGCUGAAUAUAAAUAACUGUCAAAGUGAGAAUUUAUAACAGGACUGUUUUGAGACUUCAUGUUUUUACUGGGUUUCCCUUUUAAUCUGCCACAGAGUGUAUAUUUAAUUAUGUCAUAUGUCACUAUACAACUGUUACCAUUACUCCCACCAUACUGUUUAAAUGUUCCCCAUCUCGGACAUUAUUCUAAAUAUAACUCCUGUGAACUGACUUUACAAAACCACAUGUUCUGUAUAUAGAGGAUCUUAAGCCUGAGAGAGAUUUUUUGAUAAUUGUUCAUCUUGACUGAUGGAAUUCAUUUUCUUGUACUUUUUAUACAUAGAAUCUUUUUUUUUACAUUCACAAUUUUUAAUAGUUAUAUCAUGUAAUAUAUCAUAUUCUCAAGUA